GCCCAGGAGGUUCACCUGAGGCUUGUGGAAGGACACCCGCUGAGCUCUCACAGGUGUGGUUCUGCAGGUGAACAAGAGGGGAACAUCUAUUUCAGCCAUGCAGGAGGGACAAGACACACCUCUGGGGACGCUGCAACCACAGACGCAAUGCCUGCAAUGUGGGGACACGCUGGAGUGGUCAGAGGAACAUGGUGUCCUGCUGGGCUGUUCCUGCUGCUCUACAGUAGAUGAGACUCUAGAGAAUGUAGCCAGAAGACUCGGCAGCAGAAUGAAGAAAGAGAAGAGCCACUGGGCAGCUGGCAGAGUUGGUGACAUUGACUUUCUCGGUCCGACUAAAACGAGAGGAAAGUUUGUGAGGGUGCGCAGCAACACAGACCCAGUGCUGAUCUACCAGAUGCUGACAGAAGAGUGGGGUCUUGCUCCUCCACACCUGGUGGUUGCAGUAGUGGGAGGAGAUGAGGUGGCUCAGAUGAGGCCCUGGCUUAGGGACACACUGAGAAAGGGACUUGUGAAGGCUGCACAAAGCACAGGGGCAUGGAUUUUGACUAAUGGCCUUCGCUUUGGCAUCACCAAGCACUUAGGCCAGGCGGUACGAGAUCACUCCUUGGCCAGCACCUCUUCUAAAGUUCGUGUUGUGGCCAUUGGCAUUGCUCCCUGGAACAUGAUCCACAACCGAGAGGCACUACUCACAGCCAAGGUUGAUGAACCCGCAGCAUACAAGCCUCAAGACCUGCCCCAUGGAUCAGUGUAUUCCCUGGACAGUCACCACUCUCACUUUGUUCUGGUUGAGGAAGAUCCCAACAGACCUGGAGCCACCAGUGAAAUGAGGGUGAAGCUGCUCAAGCAUAUCUCUCUUCAGCGCACAGGUUACGGAGGUGCAGGAAGUUUUGAGAUCCCUGUUCUGUGUCUCUUGGUCCACGGAGAACCCAGGAUCCUAAAAAGAAUGUAUAAAGGCAUUGGCAAUUCGACACCAUGGCUGAUCCUGGCAGGCUCUGGAGGUGUGGCUGACAUCCUUGUCACACUGAUGAAUAGGGGCUGCUGGGAUACGGACAGUGUUCAUGAGCUGCUGCUGGACACCUUUCCAAAUGCCCACCACAGCACAGACAUCAGUAACUGGGUCAAGCUGAUUCAGAAGAUACUUGAUCACGAGCAUCUCCUCACUGUCCAUGACCCGGAACAAGAGAGCUCUGAGCUGGAUACAGUCAUUCUCAAAGCUUUAGUCAAAGCUUGCAAGAGCCAAAGUCAAGAAGCCCAAGACUUUCUGGAUGAGCUGAAGCUGGCAGUGGCCUGGAACAGAGUGGACAUUGCAAAGAGUGACAUUUUUAAUGGAGAUGUGGAGUGGAAGGCUUGUGAUCUUGAAGAGGUGAUGAUGGAUGCACUGAUCAAUGACAAGCCAGACUUUGUACGCCUUUUCGUGGACAAUGGCGUGAACCUGGGAGAGUUCCUUACCUAUGGCCGUCUUCAGGAGCUUUACUGGUCUGUCUCAGAGAAAAGCCUCCUUCACAACCUGCUCCUCAAAAAGUACGAGGAGAAGCAGCUUCUGCUCGGAGCUGCCAGGACACAUGGUCCACCCGGGCACCAUCCUUCCGAGCAAGGAGACCGAAAACCCCGCUUCACCCUCUAUGAGGUCGCCAAAGUGCUGAAAGACUUUCUCCACGACUCUUGUAAAGGCUUUUACCAGAAGACUCCCACGGAGAAGCCAGCAAAGGGUCGACUGUUCCACACCCAGAAGAAUCUGGCUGAGUUAGAGGAGCGCUGCGAGCAUCCUUGGCGAGAUCUCUUCCUCUGGGCGGCCCUUCAGAACCGGCAGCAGAUGGCUAACUACUUUUGGGCCAUGGGCCCUGAGGCGGUUGCGGCAGCCCUGGCGGGUUGUAAGAUUCUGAAAGAGAUGGCACGACUGGAAUCCGAGGCUGAGUCCGCACGUAGCAUGAAGGAGGCCAAGUAUGAGCAGUUUGCCCUUGAUGUCUUUGGAGAGUGUUACUCCAACAGUGAAGACAGGGCUUAUGCUUUGUUAGUGAGGAGAACACACUGCUGGAGCAAAUCUACAGUCCUUAACUUGGCAACUGAGGCAGAUGCCAAAUCCUUCUUUGCCCACGACGGAGUUCAGGCUCUGCUCACAAAGAUUUGGUGGGGGUCUAUGAAAACAGACACAGCCAUCUCCAAACUCGUGGCGUCUUUCUUCUGUGCACCGCUCAUAUGGACCAACCUCAUAAAGUUCAGUGAUGAAGAACUUGACAAUCGUAAUGCUGGCAAGCAGUUUGUGGAGCUGGACAGUCUGGACACAGAAAAGGCUUUACUUCUAAGUGAUGAUGAUGAUGACCCUCUGGACUCUUCACCUGGAGGUCAAGCAGAUCAGAGCUGCGCCUCUGUUUGGUGGCGUUUCUUACUGCGUCGCUGGCGUCGCUUUUGGAGCGCUCCUGUAACGGUGUUCCUCGGCAAUGUCAUCAUGUAUUUUGCUUUCCUCUGCCUCUUCACUUACGUGCUGCUGCUAGACUUCCGCCCGCCGCCGCCUCUUGGCCCUGGAGCGCCAGAGAUAAUGCUCUACUUCUGGGUCUUCACAAUGGUGCUGGAGGAACUUCGACAGAGCUUCUUCACUGAUGAAGAGAUGAGCAUCUUAAAGAAGUUUAAACUCUACGUGGAGGACAACUGGAACAAGUGUGACAUGGUUGCCAUCUCACUCUUUGUUGUUGGGGUCUCCUGCAGGAUGGUGAAUGACACCUACGAGGCGGGAAGGACAGUUCUGGCCAUUGAUUUCAUGGUGUUUACUCUGCGUCUCAUCCAUAUCUUUGCCAUUCACAAGCAGCUGGGACCCAAGAUCAUCAUUGUGGAAAGAAUGAUGAAGGAUGUCUUCUUCUUCCUGUUUUUCUUGUGUGUCUGGCUCAUUGCAUACGGAGUUGCCACCCAGGCUCUCCUCCACCCCAAUGACCAAAGGAUUGACUGGGUGUUUCGCAGAGCGCUGUAUCGUCCCUACCUGCACAUUUUCGGCCAGAUCCCUUUGGAGGAGAUAGACACUGCUCGCAUGCCUGAAAUGAACUGCACCGAUGACUCAGACGAGAUUAUCGAGGGCCUGCGGCCACCAUGUCCCAACGUCUAUGCCAACUGGCUGGUCAUCCUGCUGCUGGUUAUCUACCUCCUCGUCACCAAUGUCCUGCUGAUGAACCUCCUCAUUGCCAUGUUCAGCUACACAUUCCAGGUAGUGCAAGGCAACACAGACAUCUUCUGGAAGUUCCAAAGAUAUAACCUGAUCGUGGAAUACCACAGCCGUCCAGCACUGGCCCCACCCUUCAUCAUCAUCAGCCACCUCUCUCAGCUCUUCCUCAGCCUAAUUAAGCAGCCUGAGUCCAAGCAGGAACGUCUUGAGAGGGAGUUGCCAGCGGGGCUGGACCAGAGGCUGAUAACAUGGGAGACGGUGCAGAAAGAGAAUUACCUGGCCAAAGUAGAGCGUCAGCACUGGGAAAGCAGCGAGGAGAGACUCAAGAGCACCUCCUCAAAGGUUCAAAGCUUGCUGAAGACUGUCGGUGGAUUUAAGGACCAAGAGAGACGACUGGCAUCCAUGGAAAGUCAGGUCAGAUAUUGCGGAGAGGUGCUGUCCUGGAUGGCUGAGUGCUUUGCUCAGAGCACACUCAAAUGUGGGAAGGACGCGCCGAGAGUUCCGAGUGAGUCAAAAAUCAGCGAGAAGAAUGACAGUAAUUAUGCAAAAAGAUUCAAACACAGUGCUUUGUGCCUUUUCAAUGUAGUCCAAGCAAUAAUAUGUCAUUCUCUAGCGUCUCUUGCAGGCGACAAGACAGAUGGCGCCGCUGCAGAUGCAUCUCAAAGUCAAACAGCGAAUGAAGCGAAGCAAGAAGAAAAAACAAAACCGGGACAUCCAGGAUAUGGGGCCAACAAAAAAUUUCCUUACAUUGAUGAAUAAAAGUGAUAAUGGCUGCAUACAGACAGCUGAAGAAUAUUGAGAGAGAUGAAAAAUAUUUUUUUUAAUCCAAUAAGGGGAAAAUGGAAUUUAAAUGAGUGAAAUGGUGUUUUAUUUAUAAAAAUAUUGGGUCCUUUAGAGGAAAACAUUAAAUGUUCCACUGUGGUAACUGUGUUUAGGAGGACAGCUUUCAUUAGCUAAAACAUUAAUCCAAUCAAUUAUUAGCAUUUCAUGGAGCGUGACAAAGUUGCAUUCACAUUUACACUUCAAUUAUUUAAGGUUACAUUAGUUAGGAGUUUGAGUAAAAGGCACUUUGAGUAAUCCGUCCAUCAUUUUUGCUGUUUGUGCCACAGUGAUGCCUCAAAAAUCAGGAUGGGCAGAAGCAGUGACGCUUGAAACGCGGCAUUUGGAAUGGACAAUAAGUUUUUGCUGAUUCUGUUCCACACAAUGACCUUUCUCACAAGAUACUCCCGUGGAGCUUUUGUGUUACUGCUGUGUUUCUCAUCAAAAUUCUCUGUGUGAGAUCCUGGCGUGCCCAAAUGUGGCAAAUGCAUCACUUUCUUUGUAAAACAUCUGAAAGGGAAUUUUGAACGUUACCACCCCCAAAUGCCCUUUGUCCUACAGUGGAACAGAGAGAUUGUUCCUGAUUAAAAGGAAAAAUGGCCAGGGUUAGUUCACUGCUUGGAAUUCAGUUUCACCUGUUCAGGUUCAUUUGCAUCUAUUCUAAGAUAAAUAGCACCUCCAGUGUUUCCAAUAUUUGCUGUUUACCCGGAAUAUACAAGGAUGGAGGGGGGGGGGGGCUCUAGGCUUCCAUUGGUUUGGCUUGCCAAGGUGAGUCAGUAGACUAAGCACACAUAAGGGGAAUGAAAAUAAGAUUGUUUCUAUGCUAAUAAUUAUAAGCGUUUAACUUUCCAUUGUUACCUAGUGACCCUUUUUUUUGGUUCAUGAUUCAAUAUUAGAUAACAUAUGAUCAACUGUGGUUACAACAAAUUCCCACAACUGAUUCUAGGGAUUUAAGCCUGUUCACUUAGGUUUUUAUAAAAUGCUCAAUUGUCAUUUUCAUCCUCUGCUGUUAAGAAUAUGCAAUACAUUAUCCACAUAUCCUGUACACACUUGCAGAUGACAAGGGAAAAAAAACCCAAAAAAGGCAUCUGCUCUUUAAACAAUGAUUGAAAAAUGACACUAGAGGUAAAAAAUUAAAAA